AUUCCGCUGUGAGUAAGGUCCCGGAUGGAGCUGGGGGAAGUGAACAGGGCUGCACAAUAACUCAAGGCUGGAAAGUGUAGGAAAAAAAUCUUAUAAGAACACGCCGCGAAACGGAAUUGGACUAACAUUAAAAAACGUGAACUUUAUUAUAACCACAGCCACCCUCCGGACCGGAGUAUUGUAUAUUUCAGGUGCUUGUGUUUGGUAGAAUCUGGCGGUGGAACUUGCUGAGGAUUUGUGCCGUGAAAAAUAACGUUACAGCAGCUAAUAGCGCCAGCAGCCGAAGAAGGAAACACUGACUCGGAAUAACGCUGAAAAACCCCAGUAGUGUUCAAGACUCUUGGUGAUUAUAGAGGCUCGGUUGAUGAAUUAUGUCUACCACCAGUAUUGAUCCUCAGACAUCGAAAGGACAAGAUGCUAAAGUGCAAAAUGGCUCACUCCACCAAAAGGAAACAGUCCAUGACAACGACUUUGAACCUUACCUCACUGGCCAGUCUAAUCCGAACAACAGCUAUCAAUCCAUGACUGACCCCUACUUGUCAAGCUACUAUGCGCCAUCCAUUGGGUUUCCCUACCCCCUUAGUGAAGCUCCCUGGUCAACUGGCGGUGACCCUCCAAUCCCUUAUCUUGCUCCCUAUGCUCCUCUCAGCAACGGAGACCACCAUUUUAUGCAUGACACUGUGUUUGGACAGCCAGGGGGAUUGGGUAGCAGCAUCUACCCCCACCGGUUUAACUUUUUCCCAGAGAAUCCUGCCUUCUCUGCCUGGGGCACCAGUGGCUCUCAGGGCCAGCAGACUCAAAGCUCAGCCUAUGGGGGCAGCUACAGCUACCCACCCAGCUCUCUGGGUGGCACGCUUGUGCCUGACGGGCAGACAGGUUUCCACAGUGACACCUUGAACAAGGCACCAGGUAUGAACAGUCUGGAGCAGGGCAUGCUGGGGCUAAAGAUUGGCGGUGACGUUGUCACCGGGACUGGCUCAGCUGUCAAGACUGUUGGUUCGGUCAUUGGUGCCAGCGGUGCAGUAGCCACUGGCAAUGGUGGAACCCCUGUAGGUAUGCCAGCCCCCAAACCCACCUCGUGGGCAGCCAUUGCAAGUAAGCCAGCCAAAGCGCAGCAGUUAAAGGUCAAAAGCAAAGCUGGGAUGCCUGUGGCAGGAGGUGCACCACCACCACCACCCAUCAAACACAACAUGGACAUUGGUACCUGGGACAACAAGGGGGCCAAAGUGGCAUCGCCUUUGCCUCCCCAGCAGCAGCAACAGCAGCUGCCUUCUCUAUCACAUGGUCACUUGCCCCCUCACCCUCAGCCACCCAUGCCCUCAGCCCAGUCCCUGGCACAGCAUAUGGCACUGCAGGGUCCACCUCCUCCUGCUCCUCCUCAGCCAUACCAGAAUCAUACACCGGCUCCAGCCCCUCAGACACGGUGGAUAGCACCACGUAAUCGGAACCCAGGUUAUGGUGGAGGGGGUAGCAUGGAUAGCACUGGUCCUUCCACUGGUGGCGGAUUGGGCAACGGUGGAGGAGGAGGAGUGAUGGGCACUAGCUCUAGCUCCAACAUGGGCUCAGGAGAUCCACACCCGUUGCUGGAGAAGCUGCGUGCCUCGCAUAGCUACAACCCCAAGGACUUUGACUGGAACCUGAAGCAUGGCCGUGUUUUCAUCAUCAAGAGCUACUCAGAAGAUGACAUCCACCGUUCAAUUAAGUACUCCAUCUGGUGCAGCACAGAGCACGGCAAUAAGAGGCUGGACGCAGCGUUCCGUGCCCUCAACGGCCGGGGCCCUGUCUACCUGCUGUUCAGCGUAAAUGGCAGUGGGCACUUCUGUGGCGUGGCCGAGAUGCGCUCACCGGUAGACUACGGCACUAGUGCCGGUGUCUGGGCACAGGACAAGUGGAAGGGCAAAUUCGAUGUGGACUGGCUCUUUGUCAAGGAUGUGCCCAACAGCCAGUUGCGCCAUAUUCGCUUGGAGAACAAUGACAACAAACCUGUGACCAACUCGCGUGACACCCAGGAGGUACCACUGGAGAAGGCCAAACAGGUGCUGAAGAUCAUCGCCACCUACAAGCACACCACAUCCAUCUUCGAUGAUUUCUCACACUAUGAGAAACGACAGGAGGAGGAAGAGGUGGUGAGAAAGAACUAUGAACCUACUUCAUCCCAGAAUCGAUCACGCCUGGAUCAGGAACGCCAAAAUCGAAGUAAACAAUAGAAGACUGCACCUCAUCCCAAUAGCUUGAUCAACUGUUUUAGGACUGACCAUUUGAAAAUGAAAUUUAAAAACAGGACACAAGAAGAAAUUUUAAAAAGAAAAAAAAAAAAUAAACAGUUGUCUAUUUAAUUUUGGGGACUUGGGCCAGCAUCAAACUCAAGGCUCUGCCCUACUGGUUCUGGUUCCAGCUCCGUUGGAGAUGAAAUCAAUUAGCGCCUAUCAAAUAAUGGCACCGUGAUCAUCUUUGUCUCUCUUUUGUCAUUUGGUUUGGUUUUUACACACCUCCCUCCCUCCUUCCUUGCAUAACCAACUUUGGCCAACAGUUAUCUGCACUUUUUUCCCUUUAUUUCUUUGUUGUUGUUUUUUUCUUUCAAACUGUACCUGCCACUGGCUAUGAGAGUCCAAGUGAGUCAGUGACUGUUAAAAGCCCAUGAUAUGUGUUUGUAAGUAUGUGUUGACAUGGUGGUUGGUAAGAUGAGGAAGAGACUAAUCUGGAAGCGCCGUAAACUCCUCCCCAGCAUCAGUCACUGUACUUGGCCAGUUGAAUUUUGUACAAUCAAGAUGUGCAUCUUUAUUGUUGGUUGUAGGGAUCUGAAAGGGGUUGACUAAGGAGUACAUGUGCCACUGCGUAAAAGGGACAGAGAAAUGUGUCUUGAUAAAUGAUGAUAAUGUUGCUGUAAAAGAAAACUAUAUUUUUGAAUUAUGUAACACUCAGCUUACAUUUUUUUUUUUUUUUUUUUUGUGGUAA